GUAGAGCCGAUUAAAGCAGUUCCAUUGUGACCGUGGCCCCGGUACCUCGUACUCCAUGGUUCAUAAACCACGACAUUACCGGGGACCAAAGCCUUUCGCAAGCUCAGGUACCCAGAAGAGUACCAAGUACCACCUCUAUCACGAUAUCACAUAUCUAUUUCCUAUCGAGCAUCACAAUGAUAGAUGCAAAUGGGGCCUCUCCGGUUCCACAUGAACCAGUCACGGCGGCUGAGAGGGAACGUCACGUUGACAAUAUCACUCCCAUCCGCAACAUCCUGUUGUCUACACCUUAUGAAUGUGCCAAUAUUAAGCAAUUGAGUGGUGGUGCCGUGAAUUUCACCUACCGUGGUCUACUUGCUCACCCGCUCGCCGAUGGGAGCAAGAGUGUCAUCAUCAAGCGUUCGAAAGAGUAUGUGACUUUAGUCCCUGGUGUUACGUGCUCAGCCAGUCGAUCUCAAGUCGAAUACAGAAUUUUGGAGUCCUUGGCGCGAGGCCUCGUGGCGCCAAAACGUCACGACGGGUUUAUUAUGAGAACACCCAGUCCGUAUCACUUCUUUGAGCAGAAUGUGCAGAUCAUGGAGGACUUGCAGGGUACAACCCCUCUCGUGGACAUCAUUUCUGCAGCUGGAUGUAAUAUGUCCCCUACUUUUGCCGCGUCCCUGGGCUAUGCAAUCGGCAGCUGGCUAGGUUCCCUUCACUCCUCGACAUCGAAGCGUGGGGGCGGCAGAUUUGACUUGCACGAGAACCCAGGAGGCCGGGACACAAUGUAUGGCUUCUACUUGGGCAUACUGGAGGAAAAGAUCAGAACUGCCCCCCACCUUUUUGAUGGCGUUGCAGACCAAGUACGAAAGUAUGCUGUUGAAGAGAUCGAACGACGUGAAGGCUGUGGGAUGUCAUUGGUGCACGGGGAUUUCUCAGUCAGAAACCUCCUUAUUUCAGAUGCAUCGCCAGACAGCGGGUAUGUGACUGUCAGUCCCAUUGACUGGGAAUUAUCUCACUAUGGCCGUCGUGAUCAGGACCUCGCACAAAUAAUGGGUGACUUGUACAUCCUAGAAAUUGUGAAAAGUGUGAAGAUUGGCCGCACCAUCCUCCAGCAUAUUAUACGAGGGUAUCCGGUGCUGCAUGAGGAGGAAAUAUUUCACACAGCUUCCUAUGUAGGGAUCAUGAUUAUCACAUGGGCAUUCGCCAUAGGAGCUGGAAUGACGAGGGAACAGGAGGAACAGAUCAUUCUGUUCGCAAGGGAUCUCAUUGUAAGGAGUCGGGAAAGAGAUCGUGCCUGGCUUGAGACUACCAUUGUGGGAUAUCUAUUUCAAGAAGCGCAAGGAGUGUAGCAAUUCUGAU